CUUCAAGUAUGAGGCAGCCUUUAUAAAGGUUUCUCUACUAGAAGGUUCCAGGGCAGAAUUACCCACUACCAGCAGCAUGCUGAGGUGUCUGUGCUCUCUGCUCCUACUAAAAUUGCUUGGUUUUGGAUCCACUCAGUCCUGUACCAGUCGCCGCUGUCUGGCCAACAUGUUGAUUUCCAAGGAUGUCCUGACUCAGCCUCAGUCUAUUAAUUGCACACUAGUCCUCAGACUGCCAAGUAUUCUCUAUACGACACAGUUUAUUAACACCAAAGAACUUCGUUUCACAAGUCAAAUGAUAGUAAAUUUGCAAUGGAUGGACCCCGACUUGGCAUGGAACACAUCAGUCUAUACAUUUAACAACGUGAUCCUGCCAGCAGAUCAAAUCUGGGUUCCCUCACUUCUUGUGUUGAACGCAGUGAGUCGAAUCCAGAAGCAUUAUUCUAAGGAUCUCCUGGUGAACAGUAACGGCACAGUGACGCACGCUGUCCUCUUAAAGACAGUGGUGGGCUGUGAUGUCGACAUGUUCAAAUACCCUUUUGUUGAAGACACCUGUCCUAUCAGCCUCAAUGCCUGGAAGGCAGAUGAAUGUGGAUUACUAAUGCAAUUUGGAAGGGUUGUGAAUGGUGACAGCGACACUGGAGAAUGGCUUACUCAGUCAGUGGAGCUUGCUUCCCACAAUGGCAGAAAUGACCGCAACACCCUCAACGUGAAUUUCAAGAUUCGCAGCACCGGCCCGGUUGUGACCCUAAUCCUACCCAGUGUGUUAAUCAUCAUCGCCGAUGUGGUGAGCUUCGCGUUACCAAUAGGCGGAGAGCGCGUCUGUUUCAAGGUGACCCUGGUGCUCAGCUUCAUCAUGUUCCUCCUCAUCCUCAAUGACUUGCUUCCUGCAGACAACAAUUGCAGCCCCUUGAUCCGGAUCCAUUUCUGCUUCAGUCUCUUCAUUUUGGUUGCGAGUAUGCUGGUGUCUAUGGUUCUCACACGACUGACUAAAGAUGGCAGAAUCCUGCCCAGCUGCAUCUUCAAGUGUAUCAAAUCAAAAGAUUCAAACUCUAACGACAAAGAGAUACUUGGGGAGGGCGAAUCCGAAUCUGAUAUCAGUGUCAUUAGCCUGACGGAUGCCGCAGAGGAGAAGAAUCUUAACCUCCAGAAAGUGUUCAACUUCCUGGAAAGGAUGGCUUCCAAGGAGCAGAGGAGCAAGAAGCAUUUUAAGUUUGCGAACAAGUUAGACAAAGUCUAUUUUUGGAUCUACUUCAUAGUAUGCAUGAUCUAUGCUGCUUUAAUACUUUACCUCCUCAUAGGUUACAGUGGAUGUCCAAUUGACAAAUUACCAAAAUGGAACAAUUAAUUGCCUCCCUCCUUUUAAAAGUAAUUUCUAAACAUAAAUUGCUGCAUUCAUUAACUAACAUUCUGGAGCUCUUUGUGCAAGGAAGAAAUGAGUACAACUUUUUGAGAACUAUCUUAAAAUGUGUUUAUAAAGCAUUUGUAGUUAAUCAGCUGUCAAUUUACAAAUAGUUUGUAAAUAGUUCUAAAUUAUUAGUCCAUUCGUGUAAUGUAUGCAUUAUUAUGCAUAAAAGUUUAACAGUAUGGGGAAUAUAGUCUGUUCCAAGAUCCUUAACCUCAGGCUGACAUGUCAAACAGCGUCUGGAUCAUCUGCUCCACCUGCUGUGGGCUGUAUUUGAGGCACCUUUCAGGCUGUUUGGUGAAAUCUGCAUCUUCAUACCUGUGGUAGAAAACCAUAUAAAUAAGUAUUUGCAUGUGGACUAAUACUGUGUCGUUCUUGCAUAGGAUUAGCAUCAGGUAAACAACGUCUUAAAUUACUUUGAGUAACACUAGCAUUAAGUUGUAUGUCUGUUUUUGAUCAUGCUUUUUUAUGGAUGGUCAUGUUUUCUCCUGAAUUAAGCUGUAUUUGUCUAUACCUGUAGUUACCGACAGUACCAGGUGUUUACAUUUGGGCCUUCUGACGUCAAUUCAGUCAUCAUCAUUCCAUUCCAAUAAACUCAUAUUAAUAAACACUUACUGUAUCUUUGUUCAUAGGUAAAAAUGUUAAUUUGAAUCUUUGUCUGGGGCUGUUGGUUUAAAAAUGUA